AUGUCACUUUUGGAGUUAUUCAGACAUCAAGUGUGCAGAGAUUUGACCAAAGAAGCAGACAAGUGCGCAGGUUCAGAUCCAGUGUGGACUUUCUCUUUCACUCAGCUGCGAUCCAAAGAGGCGAUGAAGAAGAAACAACAUGAUCCCGGACGGUGCGUGAAGUCCCGCAGAGAGGAAGCGUACGAGCAGAAGAGGGAGAAGUUUUCGGUCGUGCCCGGCUCGUCGUUAGUUGCCACUUCGGGACGCGCUGCGUGUUUCAUUUCCCCGCAGUGAGAGCUCGCUUCUGCCUGCUCGGCCCCGCACAUCUAUGAGUGAGAGCCGGAGAGGAGGUGUAGUGACAGCAGCGGCAGCAGCUCCGCCUCUCCUCCGCAUUUUUCUCCGGCUUAAAGGAACAUUUACAGUUUCAACACAACCUGCUGCUCACACCAGGGGGCUCCCAACAUGAGGGGUCAGGACCUCCAGGCGGCCAGAAAGAUCACAUUCAGGCAGUGCUGUACUACUUCUAAAUGAUCACACUGUCUGCAAAUUUUAAAACUUAACAGAUUUAUAUUAGAUAAAAACUUUAUGACCUUAUUGAGAAUAUAGGAAUGCAUGGUUAGACACGGGCCUGUUUCCACUGGUCUAAUUUUUUGGAGUGGUAGUUAGACAAGGGCCUGUGUCCACUGGUCUCAUUUUUUGGAGUGGUAGCACCCACUACUUCCGUAACAGAGGCUUUUUACCAUAGACAUAAUAUACGUAAACACCUCAAAGCCUGACACAGCCUAUUGGAGCUCACAUAUCAGCACGGCCUCCAUCUUGGAUGGGUCCCCCAUGCGCUUCCAGUGCAUUAAGGUAGGUAGGAAUGCCCAGCCAUAUUAAUGAUUAAGGUCCUUACACACCGGGGCCGACACGAAUUUUGAACGGGAAAUUAUGAAAUAUUCAGAGGUGAAUUUUGACACGCCUGACUACACACAUCAAGCCCGAUGCCAUUUUGCGACUUUCCGGGGGGAAAAAGACGCAUCCCGGGGAAGACUUUCGCCAGGGAAAGUCCUGCCUCCUUCGCCUCUGAUUGGCUAGAAAAGCUGGAAACGUCAUCACACGCUCUAGCCAAACAGUCAGCACUUAUAACAAAUCAGGGGGAUUAGAUAAGCACAUGAAACUAUGGUAACAACCGUUAGCAUAAGUUUGCACAGAAUUUUCACAGAAGUGUUGAAAUCUUGUAACUUUUUUUAACUAUGGAAACAGGCCCUGAAGUGACAUUCAUUAACUUUUUGGUAUGUUGUCCUAAUUUCCUUUUUUUUAAAGAUAUUUUUUGUUAUUGCCCCAACAGUCAAUGUCAUUUCUCCAUCAUUGACCAAUCAAAAUCAGGCUACAGCUUGAACCCACUUGGUGAAACCAGUUUACUAUAAAGACUGUAGUGCACGCAUCUCAGCACGCUAUUUAUCAGAAUGUACAUUAUUUGUCCUUUAAGUGUUUGAGCAUAUGACUAUUUUUUUAAAUAUUACUUAGUUUUAGAUGAAUAGGCUUAACUUUUAUCCCUGCCAUGAUAAUAAUACAAUAUUGAGUAAAUUGUGUGUUGAAGUACUUGCACAUUUUAGGUAUAAAUUAAUUAGUAAGACCAUCAGUAUGUCUGGACUUGUGAAGCUUUUUAACAUACGCAUGAGAUUAAGAGAAAGCCUGUCAUUUCCUCCUAAGUGGUGUAAGUAGGACCAUAAAGUAGCAUGAAGAACGUUUUUAACCGUCUCAUUUCAGAGCAUAUUUAAACAAUUUCCCCCAUGACCACAUAAAGAUCAGCGGUCCAUGACAUUAGAAAGUUUCAGACCCCCUGCACCGUCAAUGUGGAGUCUGAUGAAAACCUGAUGUGCUCAUGUCCACAUUUCUGGCUAAUUGGCUUUGGAUGGAGAAAGCUUUAACACACACCAACACACACACACACAUACUGGUACAGAAUGACGCACUUCAAAUUACACCGAUUGGUUGCUUGGCUGAAGUCGGCCGUGGCUUUUGUUGACAACAUUGCUGGUGUUCAAACAAAACCAGUGAAAUAUGCAGGCCAAUAAACUGGGAGCUUUUUAAUCCCAGUUCUGCAUCCCACAAGCCUUUUCACUUUCAACAAUGGCUGCUUCAAAACCCACAAAGCAGAUAUUGGCAAAUUAAUACGGUUCAAUAACACAUGCAAACCUCUGCUGGUGUUUAACAAAGUAAGAUCGCUCUGUUUAGGCUGCAGUGUGCCCCCCUGUGCUCACUGAUGGUAAAAAGGCGGAUUUGUAGGGUAAAAACCGAUGUCUGCAAACUGUUCCUUCCUCCUGUUCCGUUUGAGUGAAGCUCCAGUGAACACAGCAUGGUUUUGGCUCCUCCAUCUGCUGUGUAAUCGGACCAUGACCUGCUUUCUGUGCAUCUGACCCGAGUCAAACAAGCAGUGAGCCAAAUGAAACUAUCUCACCUGGUCACUUUGUUCUCUUUGUGCGGCUCCUGGACAACUCGAUGCAACUUUCCUAGAGAUUUAACAUGUACAAACACCGUACUUGCAGUAUUUCUGGAACACAGACAGGAUUGUGGUCCUAAAAAUGAAGAUUUAAGUGGCGACCUUCUGAGCGCACAGACAUUGUUAUCCUCAGAACAAUGGCUGAAAAGUUGUUUGCACUUCUGCUCACACUCAAGGAGAUUUGUGAGUCCCGUGUUUUACACUCCCUGCAGUUCAUCCAUUAAGGGUUAACUUUAGUUUCUCUGCUCCCUUCUGCAGACUUCAAAGAGCCGUUUGGCAUCAGACUGGAAUGAUCAGGCCGGCCUUCUGCAACUUCCUCCAAAUAGUAAUCUCAAGCCGGAAAGACUGCAGCAAAAGCAUUUACAAAAGUAGGAAUUUCUUUCUGAAUGAGAUAGACUGCACUUCAACUGCUUUUUCUGUGUUUUCAAUGAACUGCAAAUCAGUCUUUGUCAUAUUACUUUCUCAAGUCUAACAAAAGAAUAUCAAAUCAACAAUGCCAUGUAAUAUAAAUUGAAAUAAAAUUAGCUUUGAGAGUCAUAUCUGAAGCAAAGCCAGAACGUAUCCAUAGAUAAUGAGAAAACAGGUCUAUUGAACACAAGGACAAACUACCUUGGCUUAUUUUGUAAGUUUUCAGGAGCUCUGUUCUGUUACUUAUAAAUGCGGUUAUUUUAGCGCUUGCCUUGUCCAAAUGUAGGGCAAGUGCUGAAAUAGCUUUCGUAAAUGUAGCCAUCUUGUUUCAGGCCUCCAAUUUAGCUUUUUUACGACUUGGUAACUGAAACGCUGGGAACUCAGGUGUGACGUCAUUUUCAGCUCGGACUUCUGACUUCCGAGGUAACUCGAACACAACAUAAGAAAGUUUGUGAGCAGCCAAACAAAAUGGGCCAAACACGAGUCCCCUCUCGAUUACGCAAUAAAAGAGCUCCUUUCAUUGAGCCAAUCAGACAACUGCUUUCAUGUCAAACCAGAACAAUGAUUAUGAUUGGAUAAUCAGAAUGCUGCUGUUAAUUGGCAAUUCAGAAUAAUCUUUCCAAAUGAUUAAUUAGAAAGCCCGCUGUUCUUAUUCGGCCAAUCAGAAUGUUCCUCUCAUUUGGCCAAUCGGAUAGUCCACUCAUUCAACUGAUGACCACUUCUUUCAUUUGGCCAAUCAGACUGUGGAUCUUAUUGUGCCAGUCAUUUUAAAUGGGCAAUGAGAGCAUUCUUUCUGACAGGACAUGGUUCCUGCUUGAUGCUUGUUUUGUUUUGUUGCGGACAGCUCAAAAGGAGGGAUGAAGACAAAGGCCAAAUGAUGUCAGUGCAGGAAUAUUUCAAACACGCGAAGAAAAGCUUUUGAGCUAUUUAAGAGGAAUUUUCUGAAUCAAUUAGCCUUUACUGUAGGAAGUAAGCUGUUAGUUCACUCACUGUGUCAGGUAUGAACUUGUUUCAUGCUUCAGUUACAGUUGAGAGCUUCAACACAGAAAUAUGAGAGAAACGUUCAGACUUUAAGUGUCUGGAGAAAGCUGUCCAGGCAGAGAGCCGGCUCGACCCAGAUAUGACACUCAUUUCAUGUCUCUGCUCCUAACCAGGUCAGAGAUUUCAAACACCAAACAUGUCUUUGGCACGGUAUGUGUUACAGUCAAAUAAUCCUAAAAUGUACAGCAUAUAUAGUACAGCUUAGCUCAGUGUAGAAUGACAGUUUGACGGUGAAAAGCACAGUUUUAAUUGCAUUUGAUGAAAAUUUUUUUAUCUAAACAAAUUAAUCGUUCAAGUUGUGGUUGGUGUGUGUUAUAGUGAAAGGUAUUCCUAAUAUUUUGCCCUGAGGGUGCCACUCAGACUCACCACCAUCACUAAUUACAUAUUAAAUAUAAAAAAUAUUAAAAUAUGGCAACUGAACUAGAAAUAGAACCUUCUUUAAUGUUUAUGUUUUAAUCUUUUAAUCUGCAUUAUGUGAUUUCACACAAUUUUGGUCCUAGAGUAACUAUUUUGUGUUUUAUUAUCGCUCUUUUCUAUUAUUUGAUUUUAAGACAGUUUUAUUUAAUUUAAUUUGGAGCUUUAUCACCUUUAUUAUAUUUUUUCAUGGUUUUAUCCUUUUAGUCCUAGGUCCAGAGUUUCCUCAGCUUUUUUAACUCAAAAUAGCAUUUCCUCAGUCCUCUGUGACAAGUUGAUGAGUCCUCACCUGGUCUUUUAUGUAUGCAUCUGUGUGUGUGAGCGCUGUAUGUGUUGAAUGGGGGGUAGAAGGGUGGGUGGGGUUCAGUAUUUUUAUUUUUAUUUAUUAAACUUAAUUGUUUUUUUAAUAUCCUCCGUGAAUAGACAGCACUUUGUGCCACAUUCCAUGUAUGAAAAAAGUGCUAUAAAAAUAAAGUUUGAUUGAUUGGAUUUGUAUUUCAUUCAUUAUUCUCUCAAAUAAAUCUUAUAGGUAUAAACUAUAUAUCUGAUGUUGACAUGUAAUCAUUGGUGCAUUCUGAUUUGAAGUUGUAGUGUCGUCUUCCCACCAGAGGGGGGCAGUGUGUAAAAACCCGAAGACUCCCCAGAGGUCGGAGAUUUUGUACUUCCUGCUCGGCGGUAAAGCGUGUGCUGGUGAACGAAGUACGAUCGUUUUCUGGCGGAAAGUCAUUACAUUUGUAAAACGCUAAAAAGCACUAAGUCACACAGAAAUGGUAAGCAUAUCUGAUCAUAUUUAUUAUAACCUCAGUAGGUGUUUUGUAUGCUUGUUUUCUCCUUUUCUCCCUCAACGGUAGUCGUAUUUUGCGUGUUAGCAUUAGCCACGUUAGCUUCUCAUUCACGUUUAAGAAUGAAUGAAUGAACAUCCAAACUGCAUAGGAAAAGGUGUUAUGUUAUAAUUUCCGUUGUAUGUAAAGUUAAAGACACCAGCAGGUAUUCCGUUUCUUAAAAGUAUUGUUUAGUUUGCUCCAAGAGCUCAUUGACCUGCAUCUAAAAACACAACUCUAUUUAUGUGUGUGUUCACCAAGCUUGUUUUUGUGUGUUGUUAGAGUUUACCUCUGAACCCAAAGCCUUUCCUGAACGGCCUCACAGGAAAACCCGUCAUGGUGAAGCUGAAGUGGGGUAUGGAGUAUAAAGGCUACCUGGUGUCUGUGGAUGGAUACAUGAACAUGCAGGUGAGACAAUGAGACAAUAUGUGGUCACCUCGACUUUUUAAGGACUUUAUGGCAGUAAAAAGGCACAGGUACAUUAAACAGUCUGUUUUUUGUUCAUUUAUUUCCUUUAAAGCUUAAUAAAACGUUCAAGAUCUGAAGGGAGAAAAAGGUUCAUUCCUUGUGUAACAUUUACUUCAGGGUUGGUAUCAGAUACAGUGGUUGGUGGUUUCUUAGCAAGGACAUAAAUAUUCCCUGAAAACAUUACUCACAUUUAUACAGGACACGUAACAGGUGUCUCUAAAAGAAGCACAUAUAGAAAGUUUUGAAUGUAUUUUCUCUUGACUUUAAAGCAAGAAUACUUUUAAGACAUUUAUGCAGAUAUUUAUGUCUGUAGCCACAGACUCAAACAUUAGGAAAAAAAUUCUACCUGCUAAUCCUUGUGAAUAUCAUGACAAACAAAAUGUCUGUUGAGCUUGGCAUUAUGGUAAUUUACACUUAAAGACACUGACCAGCCUUGAAAUGCAGGUAUAAGGACUGUAAUUUUCUGUAAUCAUGUAAAACACUAUGUUACUGGAAUCAUUCUGCACUGAGCCAGUGUGUAUGUUGCUGUUUUAGAUUGUUUAUUAUCAGCCUGAUAGAAACACAAAGCUCUAAUGUUCCGUGAAAGGAUGCACUGAUUACAUGUAUGAUGUAGGGAUUAAAUCAUACAUCUUUGCAUACAGCAUAAAAGACCCUCCUAACUUUCAACGUAAUUGGGCUUAAACUUGCACAUUUCUCAUAACAGUACAAGAAUUUGAAAAGUCUUGAAUCUUGUAUCUCCAGAAAAGAGAAAAAAGGUUUUUUUAUUUUUUUUUUUAGGGAUUGACUGAUAAUGUUUUACUGCACAGACACCAAUUCCAAUCACUGAAGUUCAUGAGACUGAUAUCUCUAAGUGAUAUGCACUGAAAGUAAAGGAAAAACUUAAAGCCAGAAUUCAGAAUUUAAACACCAAAUUUUUCAAUCAAAACUGAAAUUUUCAAUGUUGUAUACAUGACUUAAAAACUUACAUUAACAGUUGUGUUCAUGGUUAUGUGACAUCUAGCUAUUUAGAUAGUUCGGCAUCAUUUGCACUGAGGACUUAAGGCCAUGGUGGAAAUGCAGACAACGAUGAGCUACAGGAACCAUUUAGGUCCUCGAAGACAAGUCAGUGGAACCAAGAAUUCUGGUUACUUUUAGUUGAAGUGAUCUAAAGUUAUGCAAGAAAACAGACUCAGAGUUUCAAACACACCUGCAGCAGAGGCAUCAGCAAUCUCUAAUACAGAUAAUCAGGGAAAUACCAAAUGUCGGCCCAAUAAUUGUCCAAGGCUGUUUGGUAACACCUCUCAUUUAUUUUGACCUCACAGCUGCCAGGAUGUGUUGUGUGUAAAUAUCUGUUCUAGUUCCUUUGUUUUUUAGGUUUCAUUAGUUAUUACGACUUAAUAACCAGAUUUGUCGAAUUUAAAUCAGUCCAAACAAGAGCACACAUUACUAUAUUACCAAAUCUGAUUUUACUCUAAUCUUUGGAUUCUUCCUUGUCUCCCUGAUAGUUGGCCAACACAGAAGAGUACGUGGACGGAGCAUUGGCAGGUCAUCUGGGUGAAGUGCUCAUCAGGUUUGUUCUUAAAAAUCAAACAUAUAUAAAUUGUUCCAUUAAAUACAUAAUACUGCAGUUUGCACCCGCCAAGCAAAGCUAACCAUCUAAAGUCUCGUUUGUAAUGGAGUUAACAAGAAUACAUCCUGACUUCUGUAACUAACAGUGUUAAUAAUUGACAGUGUCAACUUUUCAGAGCUAAAUAUUAAUAUGACUCCCUCAUUCAUCUUCUUUGUGUGUUUUAUACCUGCAGGUGCAAUAAUGUUUUGUACAUCAGAGGUGUAGAAGAAGAAGAGGAAGACGGCGAGAUGAGGGAGUGAUGUUGCUGAAGACGCCAGUCUGAUCUGUCUGAGUGUGGUUGUACCUCGUAGUCGAAUUGAUGUGUGUUUGUGUUUCACCAUGUGAAACAGAUGAAUGCCUGGGUUUAUUUUUGUUAUUUUUCAAACAGUUUUGAAAAUAACUUCUUUUUUUUUUUUACUGUUUGUGAGACCAAUUUUAUGUUGUGACAUUGUGAUACAGACACAAUAAAUGAUUUUCCCUUUCUUAGUCCUGGUUCUCAUGAGUUUUGUUUGUGCUUGAGUCAUAUGCAGAAAACAUGGUUGAAAGUCUGUGAUGAUGUGCAGAAGCUCCGCCCCCUCCUGCACUUUGAACUCUGCUCUCUUGGAUAAACAUUUGCCUUGCUCCUAAACUAGUUCAAACUUAGUCACUGUGAAAGGAGCGUGUCUGCUUUGGAUGAAUCAAACAUGUCCGGUAAUUACAGACUGCUGGUGAAAAACGCCAAACAGGUGGUUCUGAUCUGCAACAAUGGAGAGAAAUACCUGACCAAGCAUGGGAUGCAGAACCUGUGUGUGAUUGAAAAUGGGAGUGUGGUGAUAGGAAGGUAAGAGUUUGUCCUCCUGAGAGUAACUUAAACCUGUGCCUGUGAUAGCUGGCAGACUAAACUAUAGUUGUUCACAUUUUUUUACAUUAUGUAUGGACGAGUGAAGAAUAAAAACAUUAACUGAUGUAUUUGCUUUUUAUACAACACCAAACGGUGGCACAGAUUGAGUAAAUUUUGGUUCAGAUUUACAGAGCUGUAAUCACGCCCUCUGCUGCUCUCUACAGGUAGCAACGGUUCAUUACACCUGUAAAAAUGAUUAUAACUUCAGACAACUCAACAAAAUUCACAGAUGUGACUCUUCUGGAUUAAUUCAGAAUUCAGGAUUUUUUCAACCCGAGGAGGGUACCCACAUUAAUACCAAAGUAUAUAGAAACUUCAACAUUUCCCUUCUCACCACAUGAGUUUUGGGGGUUUCUCUCUUUCCAAAUCUCCAAAUCUUCUCUUUCCUCAGCUGUCAUCAUUCCAGACAGCACUUUGUCCAACUCGACUGAACUGAUGGUCUCAAGCUGACAUAUAAAUGACUGAUUUCUUUAUGCAGUGAUGGUCUGAUCAAAGCUGUGGGUCCUGCUGAAAUCAUCAGGUCUCAGUAUUCAGAAGCAUCCUUUGAGAAAGUGAUAGAUGCUGCAGGAAUGUGUGUCCUACCAGGUGAGUGUUAUUUGCUAUGGUUAUAUAUGGAGUAAAUUGUUGUGUACAACUACUGAGUUACACUCUUUACAAUUUCUACAACCUUCUUAUCUCAGGUCUGGUUGAUGCCCACACACAUCCAGUCUGGGCAGGUGACAGGGUGCAUGAAUUUGCAAUGAAGGUAAAUCACUUUUGACCAUCUUUCUAUUGGUAGAUGUAACUAUGGGGAAAUGAGUCAAUGUUCCUCUUGCAGCUGGCCGGUGCCACCUACAUGGAUGUGCACCGAGCAGGUGGAGGGAUCCACUUCACGGUGGAUCACACUCGAGCAGCAGGCGCCUUGGAGCUGUUGGCCUCCCUCAGCAGCAGGCUGGUCCGGAUGCAGCGAGCAGGGACGACCCUGGUGGAGUGUAAGAGCGGGUACGGCCUGGAGCUGCAGACUGAGCUGAAGAUGCUGGAGGUGAUCGAGGAGGCCAGACACUCUCUGCCAAUCAACAUCUCCUCCACCUACUGUGGAGCCCACGCUGUGCCAAAGUAAGGAGCGUCCUCAGAGUCUCAUCAUAUCCCGGGGAUGAAUCCUCUCAUGUGAUUCUUUUUAUUUCAGAGGGAAGACAGUAGCAGAGGCUACAGAGGACAUCCUGCAGGUUCAGCUGCCUCAGCUAAAAGAGAAGAUCGCUGCAGGAACUCUGAGAGUCGACAACAUCGACGUGUUCUGUGAGCAGGGAGUGUUUGACCUCAGCUCCACCCGCUCCAUCCUGCAGGCCGGCAAAGACAUGGGUCUUAACAUCAACUUUCAUGGAGAUGAGCUUCACCCAAUGAACUCUGCUCAGGUGAAACUCACCUCUUUAGUGCUGUGUGAAAUGUUGCUCCCAAAUAAGAUUUGAUAGUUAACAAAUAUUUUAAAGCCUAUAUUUAAUUAAAAUGGUGCAAAGAUGACAAACUGAAAACUUUACUCUCUGUCACCAGCAACAUGUCUCAAAGUAGUUGGAACAGGAGCAUGUUUGCAAAUGUAUUGCAUCACCUCUUGCUUCACUCCAUAAGCAAACAGUGAAGUCCAGAUCCAGAUCUUUGUAAAUAAUCCUUUAAAUGUCAUAUUGCAAUUGUACUGAGGUGUUGGUGAUAACAUUGUUAACGGGGGUGUUAUACUGUCAGCUGGGUGCAGAGCUGGGAGCACUGGCCAUCAGUCACCUGGAGGAGGUCUCAGAUGAGGGCAUUGCUGCCAUGGCAACAUCAAAAACUGCUGCUGUACUUCUGCCAACUACAGCCUAUAUCCUCAGGUACUGUGAAAGUAGUCGUGCAAUGUUACUGAUAAUAUUUACCUUAAAAAACUUAAAGUUCCCAUGGAAAAUUUAACCCUCUGUGAGUCGCUUUGUCUACAGCCUAGAAUAGAAAAUAACCAAUCAAUUUUGUUGCUGUUGGACUUGUUUGUUUUUGUAGGUCAUAUAAAGAGGUCAGUUUUUGUCAUUUCAUUUUAGUCAACAGCUGUAAACCUCAAACAGAAGCUUUAAGUACAUAUUAGAGGCAAUUUAUUUGAAUGAUGGUUGGUAUUUAUGGCACUUCAUGGUUAUUCAAGUCUUGUUUCUAGUUUUAGUUUUGUUUGAACUUACUCCAAAAUAUAUAUCUUUUUUUUUUUUUUACAAUAAUCACACAUUUGAAAUUAUUUGUCACCUUUCAGUUUAUAAAUAAAAUGUUUAAAUUUGAAAACUAACCCCGCAUUAUAUAGUGAAUUUUUAAAAUGAAUUUUCAAACACCAUCAAGAUUGCUGUUACUAAAGCAAGUUUUCUGCAUUAGUAUCAUUAGUAUCUAGUAUCUGAAUAGUUUAAAGCUCCUGUGAGUAACUUUCAGUUUGUGUCAACUUUGUCGCCCCGAGCGGACAAAGCAGCCUUUGCUUAUCUUGUCUUCUACAUGCUUAGGUAGAGUCUCUUGACAAAAAAUGUACUACUAAAUGUACUACUAAAUAGUUAGUCUUAUCCCUGAUAGUCUUGUUUGCUUUUAGAUAUCUGGAAAAGAUAUAUAUAGGAAUUUCAGUCUUUUCUUAACAUGAAAAAACUCCUAAUAGGAGCUUCAAAGUACUUAUCCCACUGAUUACGCACAUGAAUUUAAGCACUGAGAAAUUGCAGCAUUUUAAAUGCAGAACAUUUUAGGGUAAUAGUUCUGAAUGCUGAAAUUAUCCUGCACUUACAACCCUUUUAAGAACGCUUAAAAGCAUUUGAAUACAAAUCUUUCUCUCUGUGUUCAGGCUUCCUCAGCCUCGGGCCAGAGACAUGCUGGAUGCUGGAGUGAUUGUUGCUCUCGGCAGCGACUUCAACCCAAAUGCUUACUGCUGCUCCAUGGUAAGUGCCCCAGGUGAAGGCAGUGCUGCAUGAUAGUUAAAACUCAGCUCUUCUUUGCUGUCCUAUACAGUUUACUUUUCCUUUCUUCUUCAGCCAAUAGUCAUGCACCUGGCCUGUGUUAAUAUGAGGAUGUCCAUGCCUGAAGCAUUAACUGCAGCCACGAUUAACGCAGCAUACGCCCUUGGCUGCUCCCACACUCACGGCUCUCUGGAGGUCAACAAACAUGGAGAUCUGCUGAUACUGAACACCACACGGUAAAUUAGGACAGAAAGAAACAUCAAAUUGAGAUUUUUCUAAUGUGUCAAUCUGUAAAUUUGUUGUGGAAGGGUGCUGAAAUAAUUGACAGACCUACAUAAGAGUUGGUGGUUAAAAACAUUUAAGUCUUACUUUAAAGUUACAUUUCAAGUUAAAAAUACGUGUUAUAGUGCUAAAUAUUUGAUAUUAAUCAGACCAUGAAACUAGUUUUAAUGAAAACUUGAUUUUAUCUAUAAGUAGUAGCAUUUUGUGUAAGUGCUUUUUAGAUUGAGCUUUAAAUGCUUUUUAAAUAUUUUUGUAAAAACUAAAUUCCUAUGUUUACAUUAUCUGUGUGUAAAAAAAAGUUUCCCCUUUGUGUACUGUAUCUUAUUCCAGGUGGGAACAUCUGAUCUACCAGCUGGGAGGACAUCAGGAACUGAUCCGCUACGUCAUCAUUAAAGGCAGUGUUGUGUUUGACAAUGACAAAACUCUAGGUUUAUAA